UCCGCGGCGUUCGUACGUAUCUCGCGGUUCGUUCGCUUCGGUGUGACGUUAUGACGUUACAGUGUUUACAGUGAGAGAAAAUUAGAACUAAUGUACUUGUGUGUGGAUUAGUGUUGACUUCUGUGUGAUUAAUUGCAAAGGAUUUUUUUUUCGUGGAAAUUUCAAGAUAAUCACGUGCCGGAAGGACGUGCAAGAACAAAUCAAGCGGGAGCUGAUAAAUCAUUUAUAUUAUAACCUAAAAAUAGAUAUGAAGCUCGAACAACGGGACUUAAAAAUAGACGGAAUGGUCGAAGCGAGGUGAACUUCCUAAAAUGUGAAUGCAUUUUAAAUACAUCCGGAUGUCCACAGACUAAAAAUAGUUAUAGAAGUGUCAUAAUGAAUUUAAGAAGACUCAAAGUUACGAGUAGGGGUGUUUCGCCACUGUUUCUCUUGUUGCGGACUCGAUGUGUGUUCACGUGUUUUUUUCUAGUGAUGUGUCAAGUUUUCUGUGUGUGUGGUUAUCGAGAACAGAAGUUUGCUAUGGAGCCGCAGGAUCAGACUGCAGUAGUGGGCUCAAGGGUAACAUUACCCUGCCGAGUUGAGAAUAAAGCUGGCCAGUUACAAUGGACUAAGGACGACUUUGGGUUAGGGUUACACCGUGAUUUGAGCGGAUAUGACCGGUACAAGAUGAUCGGGAGCGACGAAGAAGGCGACUACUCCCUGGAUAUCAGAGACGUGACCUUGGAUGAUGACGCCAAAUACCAGUGCCAAGUCAGCUCUGGAUCCAAAGGUGAACCAGCUAUUAGGUCACGGUACGCUCGGCUGACCGUGCUAGUACCGCCCGAAGCGCCAAAAAUCGUGCAAGGGAAAUUCAUCUCUACACAGGAGGACAGAACGAUCAAAUUGGAGUGCAUAUCCGCCGGGGGAAAACCGCCAGCUGAAAUAACGUGGGUGGACAGUAACGGUGGUGUUUUGACUCAAGGCGUGUCAUACAAUGUCGAGCCUUGGUCGGACGGACAGAGAUUUACAGCCACGUCAGUGUUGAAGUUGGUGACGAGAAAAGACCAUAACAAUCAAACGUACACGUGUCAAGCACAAAACACAGCCGACAGGGCGUACAGAGCCGCCAGUAUAAUAAUAGAGGUCAACUAUGCACCGACAAUAAAUAUGACAGUAAAUGGCCACAUCAAAGGGAAGACAUAUGUACCGGAGGGACAUGACGCUCGUAUUGCAUGCUUCGCGGAUGCAAACCCAUCCAAUAUGACAUACAAAUGGUAUAUAAACAACCAGGGAUAUGCUGGAAAUACUACUGAGUUGGUCAUUCCGAAUGUGACAAGGAAUCAUCACGAAACAUCAGUCACAUGUAAAGUCCAGAAUGCCAUCGGACCUUCGGAAGACACCCUCACUUUACAUGUUACAUAUGCACCAACGUUUCGGAACCCCCCUAAGGACGUAGAAGCCGAGAUAGGGACGCCCAUUACAUUGAGCUGUGACGUCGACAGCUUCCCUGAGCCAGAAGUGGAGUGGUACCAUAUUGAGGAGGAUCAAAAUAUUCGUAUCGGGAAAACCAUGAACCUGUCUCUGAUAGCCGAUACACACACAUCGGGUCGUUACCUGUGUAAAGCAUUUGUCGAAGGAUAUUCAGCUGUACAGGCUGAGGCAUCUGUGUUUAUUAAAGGUCCUCCGAAGAUCAUCUCCAAUAACACACAAUUCGGUACACAAGGCGACACGGUCAACAUAGAAUGUGCAGCAUUCUCUAUACCUCGCAUAGACAAUAUUAUAUGGACUUUCGAAGGAAAAGAAAUCGACAGUAUACAUGAUCAGGACUAUGCUUUCCUUGAGGACCUGCAAGCUGGUGGAGUGAUCAAUUCCACAUUGAUCAUCCGAGAGAGUCAAUCCGGACACUUUGGAAGGUACAAGUGUAAUGUGUCUAAUGAUUUCGGAAGUGAUGCAAUGGAGAUCGUACUAAAACCUAAUAAAACCUUUCCACUCCUACUGAUUCUAUUCGGAGUGACAUCUGGCAUGAUAAUGGUGGCAGCGCUGAUCAUGCUGGUGAUACUCUGCCAGAGGAAGCAGAGGAAGAACAAGCAGACCCAAGUGGCGGAGAAACCUGACGUAACGGUCACUGCUGAAGAACUGUUUAAAGAUAAUGAUAGGAAUUCUAAUAUAAGCGAUUUUAAGCUGGAAUUGAGGCAAGCAAAUGGGAGCUGUGAAGUGGACUACUCAAACACGGGUUCAGACAGUACUUUAUGUUCGAAUGCCAAGCUAGGCUCUAUCCCCACCGUCGCACCGCUUGCCGUCAACCAGAACUACCCGUACAGAUAUAGCAACGAUUAUAGUGAUCCCGCCUAUGCUGAUUGUUAUAAGGUAAAUGGAUUUGGCAACGGAUAUCAAACUUAUGUUCACUAUGCCCACGACUAUACUCCUGGCUCUUUGAGAGUCACCUCACCUACCAUCGUUGGUGAUAAACUGACCCCUAACAGGUCUGUAAAUGGAAGUCUACCGAGAAGCAUAGAUACGCCGUCAACAGUGCAAUUCAAUCCAAAUAGCGGGUCCCAGAAUAACUCCCUGCAGCGAACCACUAAGAGACAAGACAGCUCGAAUGCUUUAAAUAGUUUAGGAUUACCAAAUCCUGAAGCAGUGAAUAGAAUACCCAAUGGAGGUAUCAUUCACGGUGUGGACGUGAGAUACGCCGCAACAUAUGGCAACCCUCAUCUGAGAACUGGAGGGGGACUAGGAUUUAACACAGUAAAUACAGCCAAACCUGCGUCUACCCCUGCCCCGCCGCCGUAUUCGUCAGUUAGAAGCUCUGUAGUGUUGCCUUCAGGUAACUCAUCGCAUUCAAUAACGUCACCUACAAGUCUUGCAUCCCCUCAAUGUACGACAAGUCCAAUCACUACAUCUACUAUGUCUACGGAUAGCACACAACCUGCGAUCGGUGUUGCCACAUCGUCGGGAACCCCCCAAUCUCCCAGUGCCCACUACAUAUUAGCACCCUCAACUAGAACUAUUAGUAACGCCACAGUGACUAAGAAAGGUAAUGGUUAUCAGACCCCGUUGGCGACACACGUAUAACCAAAGUUUUGAAAAAAUAGUGUAAUAUAAUAAGAUUUUUGAGUGAUUCCAGCGUAAUGUUCUUUUUUUUAAAUUGGACAGUGUACUCAUUAAGUGACAAAAAUAAAAGUGUUGUGAACUUUUAUAAUGUUGAUAUUUCUUAUGUGUUUCUAUGUGCUUAAUGUAUUACAUUAUAAUUAUAUGUAUUUGCGUUGUAAAUAUUUCAAUUAAUUUUAUUUGUGUACUGCCUGGAACUAGAUUGUGCACAUAAUAUCCUAUUAAUAAUUGUUAUGUUAUUUUUUUCCUAAUGCGGUAUGCAAUGUGCAUUGAGUCAAUUCAUAUAAAUAAAUUAUCGUCAAUUUAAAAAUAUGUAGAUCAAGUAAUUAUCUAUUGAUUGCAGAAUACCUUUUUUUUCAAAUAAAUGUAAAUCUUUUGUUUUGACGUGACAACGUCUUAAAUUAGGUUGCGGCUGGGAGUCACUUAUGAAAAAGUGUAACGCCCGGUAACGUUACGAUGAGUCACCGAACGAGAGAGAGGCCCGCCGAAUGCCUUGCGUCUCUCUCCCACUCAACUAUGAUCGGUCUGCCGCGCGCGUAAAAAGACUUUACAGGCAACCAUUUUUUUUUUUUAAAUUGAUGUUGCUGCAUGUUUCAUAGGUAUUCAGAAUUAGGGUAAAAUAAAAAUAGGUCAUUUACCAUUAAACGAAAGCCAAGGUUGCUGGUUGCGUGUGUGGUAAAUUUACAUAAGUCCAGUUCAAAGAAAACUGACUGAUUACACUUUAUUAUAUUUCAUACAAUAUUUUUUCUUGGAAAACGUAAGUUAAUAAUGUACAAGGAAAUUGAAUGCUUUCGUUUACAGUCUUAUUGUGGCAUAUGUUGAUUUAAAAAAGCGCUGAAAUGAACGUAUUGAUAGACAAUCAAAUUAAAACUAAAUGUUUUAUGAUAAAAUAGUACAUAUUAAUUAUCUAAUUUAUCCUCCUUUUAUCGAUUUUUGAUACCUUUCAAAUUUUAGUAAUCACCUAAGCAUUAAGUCUAGAAGUCUAGAUUCUAGAUUGUUUGUAGUAUUAAAUAUAUAAACAAAAAAUAUUAUAAGAAAAACAACUACCUGCGUUUUUUUAUCAUGUAAAAAAUAUACAAAUUAUCAUGUUAUUUACAUUUCUUACUUACAUUAUAUCUGAUUCAGUUUUUGUAACAAUUAAUAUAAUGAUAAAUUAUCUUGUUUCGAAAAUUUAAUAAUAAUUAAAUAAAUAACAGAUUUUAAAGUAGAUCGUAAACUAAGCUUUAAUUUAUGUGAGCGAAAAUUGUGCCAUCUCAAAUCUCAUACAUAUCUAAAAAUAUUUUAAUUAAAAUAUUGUGUACACUUUAAUCAGAACGGUUCUUCCACGUUUAUUUUUUAUUAUCUAAGAUUUUAUAUUACUUUCCCAAUAUUAAUUUUGUUAUUAAUAAACUGUACAAAUAAAUAUAUAGGUAUAUAAAGUUUUAAUAUUCGAACAUUCACUGGUAUUUUUUUUAAAUAAUCAUAAACAUGCACAUUUUCCAUUACCUUACGAUGGCUUUUUUUGUGAAUAAAUGAAGCCGUGUUUUUUGUCGUGAUUUUAGUAAAGUAAUGUAUCUAUGUAUUUUUAUUCCAGUCCAAUUUAAGUGAAUCAUUUUUUUCCUUACUUACCUUAGAGUGGGUUGCACCAAUCAACUUUGACACUAAUAUGCCAUUUUGUCUAAACUUCAGCGGCACUUAGGUUAAAGUCAGCGUCAAAGCUAACUGGUGCAACUCAGCCUUAAUGUUUAGUCUCAAUUUUCAGUGAAGUAUUUUUAUAGAUAAUUUUCUACGUCAGGCUCAAUAAAUGUGUUUAAAAAGUUUCAUUCAAAAAUAUCGAUCUAAGACUGAUUAGACUAACCUACACGCUAUUUUAUUUUAAAAAAAUACAGAUCUUUUUCAUUAUUAUAUUUCAUAUACUUUAUGUAGAUUAUUUUAUACAAGUACAGAAUUGGUAUAGAACUUUUUUAAUCAUAGAUAUAAAAAAUGAUUAUAGAAUGUUCUAGAAAUAAAUAUUAAUUUUACCUAACUGAAAUCAUGUUGAUAGGUAGGUCUAGCACGAAUUAAUGCAUACAAUUGGAAAAAAAAAAGAUUUUUAAGUAAAAAUACCUAUAUAAACAAUAUAAUGUAGAUAAAUCUAAGUUUUGUUCUUUUCUACUGAGUAGUAUUUAAGAAUAGUUAUGAGACAUGACAACCUUUUUACUGGAUUUAUUGAAUAUGGUUUAGUAGUAAAAUUUUGAAUAUAAAUGUACUAUGUCAAUUCUAUACUAUUUUCGUUAAUAAAAUUCUAUUCACCAGCAGUCUAGAUAUAAAUUUAGCAAAUUAGUCACUUUUCAUCCGUCUUUCGAAGUAAGAAAAUGGCUUGAAUUUUAUAACGAUAUUUAUAGAAAUCGUAAGACGUUUACGGAAUUGCUUUUAAAAUUAACUUUGAAAUGUAUCAAACAUCCAUUUCUGUUCAAAUGGUUUGACUUUUAGUCAAUUAUCAAAGUGAUAAUUUUAAAUAUAAAAUUGAAAUAAAAUUCAAGUUUAUAUAAAUAACUUCAUUUUAGCUAUAAUAAUGGUUUCUGUAUUUCAAAAAGCAACAGCGGAACAACUUUUUUUUUUCUUAAAAGUAAAUUGUCAGUUCGAACUGGCAAUUUAUUAUUUCUUUUAAGAAAAAAAUAAUGCUCUCGAAAAUCUGCUUUUCGAAAAAAGAACCACUUUUACAUUUGUGACAUUAUAGGGAUGGGAAAUGCCCGAGAUGAAGUGGGCAGAUUAAAAUAUGUCCAGAAGCCUAAAAUAUCAUCUUUAUAUGUGAAUGUUUGCGGAUAUCCAUAUCCGCACAAUGCGUGUGCAAAGAAAAAAAAAUGUCGAUUAUUCCUCUUAAUGUAAAAUUACGAUAUUAUAGACUGGAUGUAGCCUAGAACAGAAGACAAAUAAAUGAUUAUGUACAGUUAUACAUAUACGUUUUAAUGAUAUACCUAUCUAAUAGAUAUAAAUUUUCUGGAGAAAAUUGUAUUUCGAGCCCACUCUCUCGGUACAAAUUCGCAUCAAAAUUAAGUCACUAGAACAACUACCUAGGCUACGUCUAGUAUCAUAUCAAAAACUAUGCUAGAAAUAAUUAUUUUUUCUGUGAUACAUAGAUUAAAAAUGUUUUUUGUAAAUACGCUAUGAUAUUAUGUGAGUGAAAUUGUUAAGGAUUUAAUAUGUUGUAAGGCUUUCGACUUUGUGACUUUAGGAUAGAAGUUGUUUUGAGUUUUGACGUUGGAGGUUGUAACUCGAUCUUGUAAAUUAGUAAAUUGUAAAAAAUACUUUUCUAUAAUAAAACGAAACUUUGGCCUAUGUAAAA